AUGGAGGUGCCUCUUGUUAAUUUUGAAAACAUGGAUGAAGUCGGCAUCAACCUGGGUGACCCGAGUGACUCCGGGUACCCAACGUCACCCCCCUCAGAGGCCCCGGAUCAGAAUCUGUUAACCCGCCGUCUCACUUCUCCUCACCAGUCGCCACACAGAGGACGACGUGGGCAUCAGUCCGGUCAAGAGGGGCUGUCACCGUCCUCUCCCCCAACUCUGACCGCAAAAGGGAACUCCAGCAGUGGCAGCUUGAUCUCUAAUCUGAAGCUCAUGAUCAACAGCGAGUCUCCGACUGACAGCGUCUUCAGUAAGAUGGCGAAGGAUUGCUACGAGAAUGAAGAUUUGUUUGAAAGGCAUUGCAUGGAAGAAAAAGAUGAGAAAGUUGUCAUCAAUAUUUCAGGCCUGAUGUUCGAGACCCAACUCAGCACCCUGAAUAAGUUCCCAGAGACACUGCUUGGUGACCCCAUGAAGCGGAUAAGCUACUUCGACCCAAUGAGAAAUGAAUACUUUUUUGAUAGAAACCGCCCGUCCUUUGAUGGGAUUCUGUACUACUACCAGUCCGGGGGGAGAAUCCGCAGACCAGCCAAUGUUCCCUUAGAUGUUUUUGCUAAUGAAAUUGUUUUCUACGAGUUGGGUCAUGAAGCGAUGGAGCAGUUCCGUGAAGACGAAGGGUUUGUUAAAGAGCCAGAGGUCCUUUUGCCCACCAACGAACUCCAGCGACAGUUCUGGCUCUUAUUUGAAUACCCAGAGAGCUCCAGUGCAGCCAGAUCAGUAGCUCUGGUUUCUGUGUUUGUCAUCGUCAUUUCCAUCUUCAUUUUCUGCCUGGAGACUCUGCCAGAGUUCAGGGAGGACAAUGACUUUCUCCAGGGUUUAGCCCAAAAUAUAAAUGGCACCCAAGACAGUUCUGCCCCUCAUCCUGCCACUAAAGACGUCAUUGCUUAUAUCACAGACCCCUUUUUCAUUGUGGAGACUAUUUGCAUCAUUUGGUUCUGCUUUGAAGUCGGUGUCCGCUUUGUGGUGUGCCCCAGCAAAAGUGAUUUCUUCAAUAACAUCAUGAAUAUCAUUGACAUAGUCUCUAUAAUUCCCUACUUUGUGACCCUAGGCACAGAGCUGGCUACGACCCCUGACGAUGAUAUGAACUCUAGUCAGAACAUGUCCCUGGCGAUCCUAAGAAUCAUCCGACUAGUGAGAGUGUUCAGAAUUUUUAAGCUCUCCCGACACUCAAAAGGUCUUCAGAUCUUGGGUCAGACCUUGAAAGCCAGUAUGAGGGAACUAGGGCUGCUCAUUUUCUUCCUCUUCAUAGGAGUCAUUCUGUUCUCAAGUGCCAUCUACUUUGCAGAAGUGGAUGAGCCCCAGACGCAGUUUGUCAGCAUCCCUGAUGGCUUCUGGUGGGCUGUGGUGACGAUGACCACUGUGGGAUACGGAGACAUGUGCCCCAUCACCAUGGGAGGCAAAAUGGUCGGCACCCUCUGUGCCAUUGCUGGUGUCCUGACCAUUGCCUUGCCUGUCCCCGUCAUCGUCUCCAACUUCAACUAUUUUUACCACCGAGAGACUGAGCAGGAGGAGAAACAGGUGAUGGAUGCAGCGGCAGAGGCUGCCCAGAAAAUGUCAGCUGCUAACAAGUAUGGAAGCACACCCUCACUAAACAAAAGCAACGGCACUUGGCAGAACGAGAAGAAUGGCAUGCACUGA